UCGGCAACCUAAAAUGAUGCAGGCUCAGGGAGCCAUGUUGAUACCUGCAGUUGUGUGUCUCUGGACGCUUGAAGGACCGCGGCGAGCCGACGUGGUGGACCGGGUAGCGCUAUGAAAAGAGGGGGACGAGCCGGGGCGGUACUGGGAGCACCGGAGGGACGUGCGAGCCGUCAGUAGGACCCCCACCUCCCCCUCCACCCUUCCCCGGACAUCAUCAUCAUCAUCACACAGCCAAGCAAAGGGAAGUUGAUGCGAGUUAGCUUGUUAGCUAGGUAGCAACAGCUGUGCGGACGCUGCGUGGGAUGCACCCCACGGAAUAACCGUCACACUAUUCCCAUUUACGGCUUGUUUUUAACCAUCUAACAUUGACGCGAACGACUCAAAAAUGAUUUUGGAGUGACAGGAAUUGGUCAAGUCAGGAGUAGUAAGCCUUACAUGGUUGCCCAAAGCUAGCUAGCAUGCUAGCCACCGUUAGCAUGUGAGAGCCAGCUCGCCUCUUCAAGUCACGAUCAUCUUUUUCUCGCUUUCACGGGAAGAUAAACUUCACGGUGGCGUUCGGACAAUUGCUGUGUUUCUGUGCUAAUGUAGCCCCACAGUGCGGAUAUGGAGAUCCGUCCCGUCUGUGAGGAAAGCUAUCGAUUCUCCAGGCUAGCUUGUCAAGCAGCAGCUAGCAAGCAGGCAGCCUAAGUUUCCUGCCGCGGCGUCUAGUCAGAAGGCUGCGGACUUCCUCACCCAGCCCGUCCUCCUCCUCAAGCAAGCUGGCGGCCCCCCAAGUGGAAGCCGACGACAAGGAGCUGGGGCCGAUGGCCUGGGUGCUCAAGAUCGACGAUGCCACCAUCGAGUCCGGACUGGUGCACGACUUCGAUGCCAGCCUCUCCGGCAUCGGGCAGGAGCUGGGGGCUGGAGCCUACAGCAUGAGCGAUGUGCUCGCCCUGCCCAUCUUCAAGCAGGAGGACUCUAGCCUCCCCCCAGAAAACGAGACCAAAAACCCCCCAUUCCAGUACGUGCUGUGCACCGCCACCUCCCCGGCUGUCAAGCUGCACGACGAGACGCUCACAUACCUCAACCAAGGCCAGUCUUACGAGGUACGCAUGUUGGACAACAGGAAGCCUGGUGAGUUGCCAGAGCUCAACAACAAGAUGGUGAAGAGCAUCGUGCGGGUGGUGUUUCAUGACAGGCGGCUGCAGUACACGGAGCACCAGCAGCUGGAGGGCUGGAAGUGGAAUCGUCCUGGCGAUCGUCUACUUGAUAUCGAUAUUCCCAUGUCGGUGGGCAUUGUGGAGCCCAAGACGCACCCCUCCCAACUGAAUGCCGCAGAGUUUCUGUGGGACUUGAACAAAAGAGCGUCUGUCUUUGUUCAGGUGCACUGCAUCAGCACAGAGUUCACCCCCAGGAAGCACGGCGGCGAGAAGGGCGUCCCCUUCAGGAUUCAGAUCGACACGUUCGCUCAGGGAGACAGCGGCGAAUACGCCGAGCACCUGCACUCGGCGUCCUGCCAAAUUAAAGUCUUCAAGCCAAAAGGGGCGGACCGCAAGCAGAAGACUGACAGGGAGAAGAUGGAGAAAAGAACCCCCCAAGAGAAGGAGAAAUACCAGCCUUCCUACGACACCACUAUCCUGUCUGAGACCAGACUUGAGCCCAUCAUCGAAGAAGCGGGCGACCACGAGCUGAAGAAGUCCAGCAAGCGGACACUUCCUGCUGACUGUGGUGACUCCCUGGCCAAGAGAGGCAGCUGCUCCCCCUGGCCGGACAACGCCUACGUCGGCACCAACCAGGCAGCUACUCCCUCCUUCACCUCCACCCCGCUGUCCACCUACACCACCUCAUCACUACCCGACAGCGACUCGUCCUCUCCCAAUCACCAGGCAGAACCUGGCGGCCAUGGCAGCAUAGAGCAGCUGAGUCCCGCCGCGUCCAUUCAGGACACGCAAAAGUGGUUGCUGAAAAACCGAUUCAACUCCUAUGCUCGACUCUUCUCUCACUUCUCAGGUUCGGAUUUGUUGAAGUUAACCCGGGACGACCUGGUCCAGAUUUGUGGUCCGCCAGAUGGAAUCCGACUCUUCAAUGCACUCAAAUCAAAAUCCGUGCGUCCCAGGUUGACGUUGUACGUUUGUCAGGAGUCGCCUCAGGACAGCCCCCUGCUGGAGAGACACACCACCAAUGAAAACGGAGAGCAGGGCGCCUCGCCCAGUUUACACGUCUACCACGCGCUCUACCUGGAGGAGCUGACGGCCGCCGAGCUUAUCCGCAAGAUGGCGAGCGUGUGCAGCCUCCCGCUGGGAAAGAUCAACCAGGUGUACAGACAAGGUCCCACAGGCAUUCACAUCCUGCUUAGCGACCAGAUGGUUUACAACUUGACAGACGAGAGCUGCUUUGUCAUCAGCACCGUCAAAGACGAGCACGGCGAAGGACUCCAUCUCAUCCUGAAGUAGGCGAGGACGGACAACGUCAUCCACACACCCCCACCCCACCCCAUCCCCCACGUUCCCCUCUUUGCCUGCUCUUUCCUUCUGCCCCUCCCACCCUGCUCCCCCUCUCGAUUGGUUGAUGGACAGCGAGGAGGCGUGUAAAUGUUAGAAUCUGACAUGCAGGGGGGUGUGUCCACUGUUUCAUAUUGAAAACACUACUAACAGAAAGAGGAGGGGGUGCAAGGGGAGUCCCUUUUUUUUGUAUUUUAUUUUAGAGUGACAUCAUCUUUUCUUAAGUGUGGGGUCGUUCAAAAAGCAGCAUGAGAGGGCCAGUAUUUGAUGACCUUUUUUGCUCGCCUUAUCACCACACUUGUUAUGAAAGGUGAGGGGGGGGGGGGGGUUGGCUUAAUAAUAAUAAUAAUUAUUGACCAGCUGUGCUCAGCAAACAUCCAUUUUUCUGAUUCAACGUCCUGCUAUCUGCCUGUUACUUUUUCUUUUUUCCUUUUUUUUUUUUUUUUUUUUUUAAAUAAGGAGAGUAGUUUCUGUUGACGUCUUUGCUUCUUUCCGGUGCCGUGGAGCGUUUUACUCGCUGUCACACCAAAAGCAGAAGACAUCUUGGACGGCGCCACCGCCGCCCUCCAAGCUUUGAUAUUUCGAGGACAGCCGUCCUAAUGAACGUGGACCAAACGGCGUCUCAUCCUCCGGACCGUGGAAAUUAUGGCAGCUUCACAUCCAUCCAUCCAUCCCAUCCAUCCGUCUGUCGGAAUCUGGUGUUUUUUCAUAAUGUAGCUGAGCAAGGUCACGUGAUUAGCUCCACCCUCACACACACACACACCCGUGUAGGUUUAGUCGACCCCUCUUAAACGUGCUGUCUGCCUCUUAAACGUGUCAAGGUGUGAAUGUGCAUGUGUUUUUUUUUUGUUGUUGUUCUUGCAAAGACUUGAUUGAUGCUAAUAGAUUUGUUAGCUUGCUGUCGAGUCAAGCGCAUGUGUGGGGAGGGGGCCGAGUAAGGCCCUGAUCUGACGAGAUGAGACCAAGCCUGCACUGAUUUAAAAAAAAAUAAAUGGAAAAAAUCCAACCUUCACGUGUAGUCAGUCAUCUACAGCCACAGCAGAGCCUGCCUGGACUUGUAGCUCCUGUGGCGUCAGCACAGCACAGUGAAUAAUCUCCAUAGACACCCACCUACCCACCCCAAACACUGAGUGAGCGUGUGGGCCAAACAAGUCUGCUUCAGCCGGACUCAUCGCGGGUGCGCAUGAGAGGGUAACCACUCUUGGUGUUCAACCUAACGUCAAUGAUUCUGCUUGUGGUGUGCUGGACAUGCACACAAACGUGCUGGGAAUAAAUGAUUUCAUAACUUU